AUGGAUGUGAUGGACGAGGACAGUUUGUGUCGUAUAUGUGUGACGUCCUUUACGGAAGAGGACAUAACUACAGCGAAAAGCUUGUUGUUUGAUUCGGUGCCGACAACAAAGCGUAAAAUCCAAAGAAAACGUGAUGGGAAGGCGAAGCGAGAUAUUGACGACAUAAUAUGUCUGCUUAAAGAAACGGAUCCUGAACUGAUUCCUAUUUUUGUAGCACGAGACCUUCAAAUACUCCCUCCAGUUCUAUUCGAUCAUUUGGAUUGUACAAGGCUUCUAAAAGAGUUGCAACUAAUGAAGAGAGAAAUUACGGAUCUAAAAGAAUCAAAGGAGCAGUAUGUUACCACACAACAACUGGAAUCUGUUAAGAAUGAUAUAAAACACCUCAAAAGUUCAGAUAAAGACAUUCCCCAAACUAAAACAAAGUGCGGUGGUUGUAUGUUAUUAAAUGAAUUUGAAGAUUCUGAUAGUUUUAAUACAAUCAUAUCGGCACCCACCAGCCCGUUAUUGCAUUCUUCUCGGGUAGUGGGUAGGUUGGAUAAAAAUGUUGAGGGUAGAAGUAUGUCGAUCGGCAACAACGGCGGCGUACCGGUUAUAAACAGCGCUACGAGUGACGAGAAGGCGAUGACGCAUCGCUCUGGCAACGUCAGUGCGUUAUCAGCUGAGGCGCUUGCGACGGACUGUGUUACCGCUGUGGGACACACGGCCGUGUUGGAUGGCGAACAUGUUGGGAAGCAACCGACAUUUGCGAAUGUAGUCAGGAGUGAAAAGAACGUCGUUAGUCAAGACAAUGAUGGUUGGACUUUGGUACAAAGAAAAUUCAGAAAUCAGAGGUUUGCCGGAAAAAAGGGGAGCGCAGUAAUUAAACCUGAGGAAAAAUUUAAGGCAGCUGAGAUUAUGUUACCAUUAUACAUUUCAAACGUAUCGAAAGGACUUUCUGUUGAUGAUAUAGUCUCAUAUAUCCGUGGAAAAUCUAGGUUACUAGUUAAGGUAGAAAAGUUGACCAUGAAGAUUGAUAAGGAAUACGACAGCUAUAAAAUAUUUAUUCCUAAACAUAAGGAGGACAUUUUUAUGCGUGAUGACUUCUGGCCCGAUGGAAUUUCUUAUCGGCGUUUCAUAAAUUUCAGAAAUAAUUUUGGUGAUAAAGCAGAGACACGGAAAUUAAAUACUAUCAUUCGAUAA